CCGAACCCAGCCGGAAUAGUGAAUUUGCGUUGGCGAGCAUAUCGUGUGUGUGGUGCUGCUGGAGAAUGAAUUGGAUUUUUAUAUUUUUGGCUGCUGCGGUGGCGAUUGGUUGUGAGGCGAGACAGGAGAGAACGUACACAGUUUGCCAGAAGCCUGAAGGCGACCUUCAUUAUUUCAAAGAAGGCCGAAAAACUGACGAAGAGCUGUGUGCAAAACGUCUUGCCACCGCUUAUUUCCAUGAUGAAGUGAACCAAACUGGAUGGGCUUUCCUCGAAGUCGAUGUGAUCAGCCCGAAAAUUCCACAUUAUUUGCAAGGAUAUGCUGCAGGAUUUGCUGAGGGUCGCGCCACCCGUCACCUCAUCGAUCUUCACAUCAUCAACACCGUCAACGGCUACUGUGACGGAGCGAAGCAUUUUUGCGAUGAGCUCGGUGAGUUCAUGGUUGACAAUUUGAAGUGGAUGGAGCAGGAGAUCAGGGAAAAUCCGGAAGAUGAGUACUGGCAACAAGUGAAUUUGACUGUUAAUCAGCUUUUUGGUUUGAUUCAUGGAUAUGAAAACCAGCUGGGAGCAGAGAUUGAUUUCAAGCAGAUUGCUGUGCAUCCGAUUUUCAUGAUUCAAAUCGCCGGCGACCUCGAGGAUCUCGCUAUGAAAUUUAAAAAACCAGAAAAUCCGAAGAAAGUCUUCUCAGGCCCAGGACAUUGCUCAGCGCUUGUUAAGCUUCUCCCGAAAAACGAGGAUAUUCUCUUCUCUCAUGUCACGUGGUCUUCAUACGGUACAAUGCUUCGAAUUAACAAGAAAUACUCAUUCAAAACUGGAGAUCCAGGACAGAUUUACUCGUUUUCCAGUUAUCCAGCUUCCAUCACAUCUACUGAUGAUUUUGUUCUGACCUCUGCCAAACUUGCAAUCCUUGAAACAACAAUUGGAAAUUACAAUGAAAAAUCGCUCGACCUUAUCACUCCAAAUACUGUUCUCACUUGGAUUCGUGCUGAAAUUGCUCACCGAACGGCUUCAUCUGGGCUACAAUGGGCUGAAGCAUUCGGGAGACAUAAUAGUGGAACUUAUAAUAAUGAAUGGGUGGUUGUUGACUAUAAACAGUUCCAUAGAGGAAAAGAAGUUCAGCCAGAGACUGGAAUUAUUCAUGUUGUUGAGCAAAUGCCAGGCCACAUAGUCCAUUCCGACAAAACAGCCCACUUAUUCCGUGAAACCUAUUGGCCAGGCUACAAUCAACCAUACUACAAACAAAUUAUUCGAUUCUCUGACACUGACAAAAUGGUGGAAAAGUUUGGUGACUGGUACAGUUAUGAUAAGACACCACGUGCUCUUAUCUUCAAACGAGAUCACAAUACAGUCACUGAUAUGAGCUCAAUGAUUGCGCUUAUGAGAUCAAAUAACUAUACAAAGGAUCCACUUUCCAAGUGUGACUGUAAUCCACCAUAUUCCGCUGAAAACGCGAUUGCAUGCCGUUCUGACUUGAAUCCUCUCAAUGGAACGUACCCAUUCAAGUCGCUUGGUUUCCGGGAUCAUGGAGCUAUUGAUGUGAAGGUCACCAACUCAAAACUUAUCAAUAGUCUGCAAUUUACUGCUGUAUCGGGACCACCUGGAGGUGUUACUAAAGAUGUGCCAAUUUUCGAUUGGAAGACCAGUCCAUUGAGAGAAAAAGUGCCACAUUUUGGGCAACCGGAUAGAUGGAACUUUGCCCCAGUGACCUACAAAUGGAGAAAAGAUGCUCACCGCCAUUACCAUCUUUACCAAAAACUUCACAAGGAAUUGUCUUCACUAUAAACUUUUCUCUUUAAAUUAAUAAAGCAAUCAUUUAUUUUC